AUGGAGGUCACCUCACCCGCCGUGCUGAGCCCAGGAGCUUCCGCUAACGGCGUUACGUCUCCCCCAACCUUUCCCACCGUCGAGCCGGAGCGUGUUGUCGAGCACCUGGCUUCCGUCUGCGAGGUCGCGCUUGGUGCUACACGGGAUGAACUCGAACAGGUUGGAAGCUUGCUUCACAAAGCCCGUUAUAGCGAGACUGUUUCUCGCUGCACACGCUUUGCGAACGAUACCCAGAAUGUGCUCUAUAUCCAGAAGGAUUUUGCAAGCUCAUCUGCGGUAGAGCCUGGUGCUGACCCUUCCGCGCUGGCGGCUUAUAAUUAUACGCUGUCUACCGAGAUUUCUUCGUCGCCAACGACCGUUGCCUCUCUUGUUCUUAUCAAAUCGCCUCAGCCCAUAGACCCGAUCCGACCUCUUACAUCUCAAAUAUUCAUUACUAAUCUGCCUGGUCCUGCAUCUCUCAACGCUGGAGUUGGAGAGCAGGGCUCGGUACUCUCCCCGUGGGAGGUUCUCCAUUCUCAGGUUCACCACGCCUUGGUACCGUACUUUGAUGCCAACACCAAGAGUCAACAACUGGCCAAUGGGUCGCGAGGAAGAGCUGACGUGGAUGCUAAAACGGGAAUUCCUGUGACAAAGAAACGACUCAACGACCUGGAACUAAGCUUGUUGCAUCUCCAGCAGAAUGUCGAUAUUCCCGAGAUCUCCCUUACGUUCCAUUCGAUUGUCCAAGCCGUCCUCGAUGACGCCGAAGCCAACAACAACCGACCCAACAUUGAUGGGAUCCCUCAGAAUCUUCUUCAAGACAGUACUUUCCUCAACCGAUUGCAAGCCAAUGUCAACACUUGGAUCAAGUCGAUUCAGGGAAUCACCAAGUUGACCAAGGACCCUUCCUCGAAUGCGAACCAGGAGUUUAGUACUGCAAGCCAGGAAGUCAAUUUUUGGUUGUCCAUGGAGUCAGCUCUAGAAGGAAUCGAAGGUCAGCUCCGUAGUGAAGGAGUUCUCCUGACGCUGGAAAUUCUUAAGCAUGCCAAGCGUUUCCAGGCCACCGUGAGUUUCACGGCCGAUACAGGUUUGAAGGAGGCUAUGGAUAAGGUGCAGAAGUACAACCAGCUCAUGCGAGAUUUCCCUCUUGACGAGUUACUGUCUGCUACUUCACUGUCCAAGGUUGAGGAGGCCAUCCAGCAAAUCUUUGGGCACCUAAACAAGAAGCUCAGAAUUUGUCCCUACCCUAUUCGAAGGGCUCUUCCCCUUGUUGAAGCCAUCUCCGCCGAUCUUGACGAUGUGCUUCACAGGCUGUUGUCUGGUACCGAAUUGGUUAACCUUGAUUACCAGCAAUUCAAGAACAUCAUGCAGACCUGCGACCAUAUUUUCCAGACCUGGGAGGAGCAUAUCAAGGAAUUUACCAACGUAGCUCGUGAAGUGACCCGCCGCCGAAACGAGAAAUUCAUCCCCAUCAAGAUCGUCAAGAAGCACUCUGAACUUGAGGCAAGAAUCAAGUAUGUCAGCACUUUCCGUGACAACCAUGAGCAGCUCCAACGCACUAUUGUCACCGUUCUUGGCCCGCAGGCCACCAUCCCAGGUGUGGCCGAGACCACUGGAUCUGAUGGUAUCAUCGUCGAGGAGAUGGGCGAUGUUGACGCUGUCGAGGAAGUCAAGCAGGCUUGGGAGGCUCUUCAGAAUGUCGACAUGCUGGAUGUCACAGACCAGGGUAAAGAGCGAUGGGUACGAGCCGAGAAUCUUUACAACGAACGUACAACUCGAGUAGAGAACUCCAUCAUUUCCAGACUUCGCGAUCGACUCGCUACUGCCAAGACUGCAAACGAAAUGUUUCGAGUUUUCUCCAAGUUCAACGCACUUUUCGUGCGCCCCAAGAUUCGUGGCGCUAUCCAAGAGUAUCAGAACCAGCUGAUGGACCACGUCAAGCAGGCUAUCAAUGGUCUGCACGAGCGUUUUAAGCAACAGUAUGGCCACUCAGAAACACACGCCAUGGCCCAACUUCGUGAUCUUCCCCCUGUAUCUGGUGCCAUCAUCUGGGCGCGCCAGAUCGAGUUCCAGUUGGAUGGGUACAUGCGCAAGGUAGAGGCUGUUCUCGGCCCUGACUGGACUCUGCAUGCCGAAGGCCAUAAGCUGCAAGAGGAGAGCGAGCUAUUCAAGCAGAAGCUCGACACUAGCCGAAUCUAUGAUGCCUGGCUCAAUGACGUUGGACGACGCAAGAUUUCUAUCUCUGGGCAGCUUUUUGAGAUCGCUCGUGUGAGAUCUGCUGGUGGCAUUCUCGAACUCAACGUCAACUUCGACCCGCAAGUCAUUACCCUAUUCAAGGAAACCCGCAACCUGACUUGGCAAUCUUACUCAGUGCCACAUGCUGUCACGACUGUAUCCAAAGAUGCGAAGCGCGUUUACCCAUAUGCUGUCAGCUUGAUGGAGAGUGUGAGAACUCUCUCUCAAACUCUUCGUCAAAUUGCGGUCAUGGGAGAGGAGUCUGUCCUUCUCAACGGAUAUCGAAAUGAAGUCUACAGACUGGUUGGUGAAGGUGUACCGCUUCGAUGGGAGUCGUUCAUCAAUUCACACGAACUGUUUUACUCCGAGAAUAGACAAACCCGCCCCUUGUUGCCUACUGGAACUGACUUCGGCCUGGCCAAAAAUACCGAGAGCAAGCAUGGCAUGUUUAUCCGCGGUUUCGCAGCGGCUGUUUCCGUACUGCAGCAGAAAGCAGUAUCUUUGAACUUCAUCCAUGCCACCGUUGAACAAGCCCUAAAGGAACUCAGCACAUGCCCUUACGAGGAAGCGGCAUUCCAUAGCCGACUGGAUACGAUUCAAUCGGCUGUUGAUCAGUUGAACCUUGAACAAUACGUAAACCUGGACUUCUGGGUGCGUGAGCUGAAUGCUAAGAUUCAGUCGAUACUUCUCACACGCCUUCAGAGUGCAGUUCAUUCGUGGAUUACUGCAUUCGAGGACGAGACAACUGAGGAGGAGUCGCGCAGGAGGACUAACAACGAUGAGAGCAAACCAGAAAGCCCAACCAUGAAGCGCCUUGUGCUUGAAGUUGUCAUGCGCAACCAAGUCAUCUAUCUUGACCCCCCUCUGGAAUUCGCGCGUGCCAGCUGGUUCCUCCAUCUACACGAGUGGCUUGGAAUCGUUUGCAAUCUUCGCAAAAUCAAGGCCUCCCGAUACCAAAUGACUCUUACCACUAUUGCCAACGAUGAGCUCCGCUUUACUGACUUGCCUACCGAGUGCGCCGGACUGCUGCAGCGUGUCUAUGUUUCUAUGGAAAAGAAACUUCAGGAGAUUAGCGCGUAUGUCGACAAGUGGCUACAGUUCCAGUCCCUUUGGGAUCUCCAGUCUGAGCAAGUCUACGACGCUCUUGGUGAGCCACUCCCACGAUGGUUGCAGCUUCUCCAAGAUCUCCGCAAGAAUCGAUCCACAUUCGACACACAGGAGGUCAGCCGCGAAUUUGGUCAUCUUACAAUUGACUAUGACCAGGUCCAGACCAAGGUCAACGCAAAGUACGACCAAUGGCAACAUGAGAUUUUGAUGAAGUUUGCCAGUCGUCUCGGUAACCGCAUGCGCGACAUCAAUGCAGAGAUUGAGAAGGCGCGCAAACAUCUGGAGAACCAAAGUUCCGACGCUUCAUCAACCGCCCAGGCUGUGCAAUUUAUCACUGUUGUGCAGAGCUGCAAGCGCAAUGUCAAGACAUGGGCACCUGAAAUCGAUAUGUUUCGACAGGGCCAGUCCAUGCUCGUAAGGCAACGAUACCAGUUCCCCAAUGACUGGCUGCACAUUGAGCAGAUUGACAGCCAGUGGGAGGCCUUGAAGGAAAUUUUGGACAAGAAAUCGAGGAUCGUCCAAGAACAAAGUGAUGCGCUACGGGCAAAGAUCACUGCAGAGGAUAAACUGGUCAACGAUCGAAUUGCAGAAAUUGCAGCACAGUGGAAUGAGGAGAAGCCAGUGUCUGGAACCAUCCAACCUGAUGUUGCAUCUGCUACAUUGUCUUCUUUCGAAGCUCGCAUUUCGAAGUUGCAGGACGAUGCGCAGAUGGUGGUCAAGGCUAAGGAGGCAUUGGAUAUCCCCGCCAGUCUUGACACAUCCCUUGAAUCGACACUUGAAGAAGUUCGGGAUUUCCAGUCUGUUUGGUCAAACCUCUCAACUAUCUGGGCAAGCCUUAACGAGACGCGUGAUAUUCUCUGGACUGCUGUUCAACCACGAAAGAUUCGUUCCAAGGUCGACGACCUCAUCAAGAGCACCAAGGAUAUGCCCAGCAGAAUGCGACAGUACGCUGCUUUCGAGCAUGUCCAGGGCAUCCUGCGCGGUUUCCUCAAGGUUAACUCUAUUCUUUCUGACCUCAAGUCUGAUGCGAUCCGUGAGCGCCACUGGGUCAAGAUUUACAAACAGAUCAAGCCUCAGAAACGAUUUUCACCUAGCUCUAUGACUCUUGGUGAUGUCUGGGACCUCAACCUUGUUGCUACUGAAAUCAUCGUGAAGGACAUUAUCGCCCAGGCACAGGGUGAGAUGGCUUUGGAGGAGUUCUUGAAACAGGUUCGUGAGACUUGGCAGAAUUACGCUCUUGAGAUGGUCGGCUAUCAAAACAAGAUCCGCCUCAUUCGCGGCUGGGACGACCUCUUUGCGAAAUGCAGUGAGAAUCUGAACUCACUACAGGCUAUGAAGCAUUCCCCCUAUUACAAGGAGUUUGAGGAAGAAGCUGUGUCUUGGGAAGACAAGCUCAACCGUGUCCAUGUACUCUUUGAUGUCUGGAUUGACGUUCAGCGCCAAUGGGUCUACCUUGAGGGCGUCUUCACUGGUAACGCUGAUAUCAAGCAUCUCUUGCCUAUUGAGUCAGGACGUUUCCAGAAUAUCAACAGCGAAUUCUUGGCUGUCAUGAAGAAGGCCAAUAAAACUCCAUACGUGCUGGAAGUCCUCAAUAUUCCUAAUGUACAAAAGUCGCUCGAGCGACUCGCUGAAAUGCUUAACAAGAUCCAGAAGGCUUUAGGUGAAUACCUGGAGAAGGAGCGUGUUUCAUUCCCUCGAUUCUACUUCGUUGGUGACGAAGAUCUGCUAGAGAUGAUUGGUAACAGCAACGACACGCUGCGUAUUGCCAAACAUUUCAAGAAGAUGUUUGCGGGUCUCUCAGGUCUCAUUAUGGACGAUGAGACUGUCAUCUCUGGCUUCACUUCCAAAGAGGGCGAAGCUGUUCGUCUGAAGAAGGAAAUUUCUUUGGCAAAAACUCCCAAGAUCAACGACUGGCUAGCUCUUCUGGAGGGUGGCAUGAAGUCAACGCUUGCCGAGCUUCUUGCCGAGGCUGUUGACCAGUAUACUCCCAUUUUUGAAUCCGAGACCAUUGACCGCGACGCUUUGAAUGCGUUCAUGAAUGCGUACCCCAGUCAGAUUGUUGUUCUUGCAACCCAAGCUGCCUGGACCACAGCCGUCGACCGAUCUCUAACUGAUGGUGGCAGCGCGCUAAAGCUUUUGUUCGAGCGCGAGGUAGAGGUCCUUCGAGUACUUGCCGACACAGUUCUUGGAGAACUGGAAGUCAUUCUGAGGAAGAAAUGCGAACAGCUCAUUACUGAAUGUGUUCAUCAAAGGGACACUAUCGAGAAGCUCAUCAAUGCCAACGCCAAUUCUACAGGUCAUUACCUGUGGCAGCUGCAGAUGAGAUAUGUCUACAAUCCGGAGGGCGAAUUCUUGGAUCGACUUUACAUCAAGAUGGCCAAUGCCAAACUCAACUACGGUUUCGAAUACCUGGGAGUUCCCGAGCGCCUUGUCCGCACACCUCUUACCGAUCGAUGUUUCCUCACUCUCACUCAAGCUCUGUGCCAACGUCUUGGUGGUUCACCGUACGGACCCGCCGGUACCGGUAAAACAGAAUCAGUCAAGGCUCUGGGUGUUCAACUCGGUAGAUUUACCCUUGUGUUCUGUUGUGACGACACUUUUGAUUUCCAGGCCAUGGGUCGUAUUUUCCUUGGUAUCUGCCAGGUCGGUGCUUGGGGCUGUUUCGACGAAUUUAACCGUCUGGAGGAGCGAAUUUUGUCCGCUGUAUCGCAGCAGAUUCAAAAUAUUCAGUUGGGUCUCAAACAAGGUGCUGAAGACGACCAGUCACAGAUCGAGUUGGUUGGCCGCCAGCUUCACGUUAACGAAAACACCGGUAUCUUCAUCACCAUGAACCCUGGUUAUGCUGGCCGUUCCAACUUGCCCGACAACUUGAAGAAGCUCUUCCGCAGUGUAGCAAUGUCUAAGCCUGACAAGGAGCUUAUCGCUGAGGUCAUGCUUUACUCCCAAGGUUUUAACCAAGCCAAGCAAUUGUCUAAGCACACUGUGCCCUUCUUCGACCAGUGUUCUGUAAGGCUGUCCAAACAAGCUCACUAUGAUUUUGGUCUGCGUGCUCUCAAGAGUGUCCUGGUCAGCUCUGGUGGCUUGAAACGUGCUCGUCUAGGCGAUGGAACUCUUGGUGCUGAAGAGGUUGUUGAACCUGAAAUCAUCGUGCAAAGCAUCCGGGAAACGAUUGCGCCUAAGCUUAUCAAGUCUGAUGUCGACAUCAUGAUGACCAUCGAAACCGACUGCUUCCCUGGCGUGCAAUAUGUCCCUGCCAACCUUGUAGCAUUGGAAGACGCUAUCCGAACCCUUGCUGCCGAACGUCACCUCGUGGUCAACGAACUUUGGAUGACCAAGGUCCUCCAACUGUACCAGAUUCAGAAAAUCCACCAUGGUGUUAUGAUGGUUGGUAACUCUGGUUCUGGUAAAUCAGCAGCCUGGAGACUUUUGCUUGAUGCGCUUCAGAAGGUUGAAGGAGUUGAGGGCGUUUCGCAUGUGAUUGACUCAAAGGUCAUGUCAAAGGAGGCUCUGUACGGAAACCUUGACUCAACUACCCGUGAAUGGACAGAUGGUUUGUUCACCAGCAUUCUGCGAAAGAUCGUCGACAACCUCCGUGGUGAGGACUCUAAACGACAUUGGAUCGUCUUCGAUGGUGACGUGGACCCUGAAUGGGUUGAAAACUUGAACAGUGUACUCGAUGACAACAAGCUGCUCACGCUUCCCAAUGGUGAGCGUCUCAACCUUCCCUCCAACGUUCGAAUCAUGUUCGAAGUCGAGACCCUGAAGUAUGCAACUCUGGCUACUGUCAGUCGUUGUGGUAUGGUUUGGUUCAGUGAGGAUACCGUGUCGCCCAACAUGCUGGUCGAAAACUAUCUGUCCACCCUCAGCAGCGUUCCCUUUGAGGAUUUGGACGAAGACAACGUUACUACCGCGCAGAACCCUGCCAAGACUUUGGCCGUGCAAGGCGAGUUUGCGGCACUGCUUCGUAUCUAUCUGUUUGAAGAAGACUUCAUCUUGCGGGCUCUAAAGCAAGCUGAGGCCUACAACCAUAUCAUGGAGUUUACUGUCGCCCGAGUCCUUACGACUCUCUUCUCACUGCUAAACAAAGCAGUCCGGGAUGCCAUUGACUAUAACGUGCAGCAUUCCGACUUUCCCUUGGAGUCUGAACAGAUCGAGUCCUUCAUUUCGAAGAAGCUCCUGCUUGCACUCGUCUGGGCACUUACUGGUGACUGCCCUCUCAACGACCGGAAAGCAUUUGGUGACGAGCUUUGUGGAUUGGCCAAUUUCGGCUCCCCUCCUAUUGACGGCACUAGCUCGCUCAUCGACUUUGAUGUAACCCUACCCAAGUGUGAAUGGGCUCCAUGGCAGAACCAGGUGCCUUCAGUUGAAGUCAACACACACUCCGUUACUCAGACCGAUGUUGUCAUUCCCACUCUGGACACCGUCCGCCAUGAAGAUGUUCUUUACUCAUGGCUCGCGGAGCACAAGCCUCUGCUACUCUGUGGUCCUCCUGGUUCAGGUAAAACAAUGACCCUAUUCAGUGCACUUCGCAAGCUGCCUAACAUGGAGGUUGUUGGUCUGAAUUUCUCGAGCGCAACAACUCCCGAUCUUCUUAUCAAGACAUUUGAGCAGUACUGUGAGUACAAGAAAACGUUGAAUGGCGUCAUGCUCUCCCCGACACAAAUUGGUAGAUGGCUUGUCGUCUUCUGUGAUGAAAUCAACUUGCCCGCGCCAGACAAGUACGGAACCCAACGCGCCAUCUCAUUCCUGCGCCAAAUGGUUGAGCACAAUGGUUUCUGGCGAACAUCUGAUAAGUCUUGGGUCACACUCGAUCGUAUUCAGUUCGUCGGUGCUUGCAAUCCUCCCACCGACGCUGGACGUACACCCAUGGGCGCUCGAUUCCUUCGACAUGCACCACUCAUCAUGGUCGACUACCCUGGUGAACUAUCUCUCAACCAGAUUUACGGCACUUUCAACUCUGCAGUUCUCAAGAUUAUUCCAUCUCUUCGAGGGUAUUCCGAAGCCCUCACCCAUGCCAUGGUUCGUUUCUAUCUCGAGUCUCAGCAGAGAUUUACGCCAAAGAUUCAACCUCACUACGUGUACAGUCCCCGUGAACUGACGCGAUGGGUUCGUGGUGUUUACGAGGCUAUUCGACCCUUGGAAAGCUUGUCUAUUGAAGGCCUCAUCAGAAUCUGGGCCCAUGAAGCUCUUCGUCUAUUCCAAGAUCGAUUGGUCGCUGAGGAAGAGCGACAAUGGACUGACGAGGCUGUGCAUCGCAUCGCGCUCGAAUACUUCCCCAACAUUGACACAGAAAAGGCCCUUGGAGGACCUAUUCUCUUCUCUAACUGGCUGUCCAAAAACUAUGUCCCUGUGGACCGUGAGCAGCUGAGAGACUUUGUCAAGGCGAGACUGAAGACCUUCUGCGAGGAAGAGGUUGACGUUCCUCUAAUCCUAUUUAAUGAUGUAUUGGAGCACGUGUUGCGCAUUGAUCGUGUUUUCAGACAACCCCAAGGCCAUCUCAUCUUGAUUGGUGUCAGUGGUAGUGGCAAGACAACCUUGUCUCGCUUCGUGGCCUGGAUGAACGGUCUCAAGGUUUUCCAAAUCAAGGUCCAUGGAAAGUAUUCCGCCGAGGAUUUUGAUGAUGAUCUGCGGGAUGUCCUUCGACGAUGUGGUUGCAAGGGCGAGAAAAUCUGCUUCAUCAUGGACGAGUCAAACGUGUUGGAUUCAGGCUUCCUGGAGAGAAUGAACACCUUGCUCGCCAACGCCGAAGUUCCAGGUCUUUUCGAGGGUGAUGAAUAUGCUGCCCUCAUGACCGCUUGUAAGGAAGGUGCCCAGCGACAAAACCUACACCUAGACUCCCCUGAGGAGCUGUACAAGUGGUUCACGCAGCAAAUUGUCAAGAACCUGCACGUCGUCUUCACGAUGAACCCACCCGAGGAUGGUCUCUCUUCCAAGGCUGCCACCAGUCCUGCCCUGUUCAACCGUUGCGUUCUCAACUGGUUCGGUGACUGGUCUGAUCAAGCUCUGUUCCAAGUUGGUCAUGAGCUCACUCAUUCUAUUGAUCUGGACCGAAGCAACUUUGAGUGUCCUGAUACUGUCCCUGUGGCUUAUCGUGGUCUACAACUACCUCCUUCUCAUCGUGAGACGGUUGUCAACUCGAUGGUGUAUAUCCACUACUCUCUUCAGAGAUACAACGAAAAGCUGUUCAAGCAGCAAGGCAAGGUUACAUUUUUGACACCUCGUCACUUCCUCGAUUUCGUCGCUCAAUAUGUCAAACUCUACAAUGAGAAGCGAGAGGACCUUGAAGAACAGCAACGCCAUCUCAACGUUGGUUUGGAAAAGCUUAGAGACACCGUCGACAAGGUUCGAGAUCUUCGAGUAAGCCUGGCUGAGAAAAAGAAGCAGCUGGAGCAGAAGGAUGCAGAGGCAAAUGAAAAGCUACAACGCAUGGUGGCUGAUCAACGUGAAGCGGAGCAGAGGAAGAGUACUGCGCUGGAGAUUCAGGCUGCUUUGGACAAGCAGGAAAUUGAGGUUGCUUCACGAAAGAAGGUUGUGCUGGAGGAUCUUGCCAAGGCAGAGCCUGCCGUCGAGGAGGCAAAGGCCAGUGUCAGUAACAUCAAGCGUCAGCACUUGACCGAAGUCAGGUCCAUGGGUAACCCGCCCCAGGGCGUGAAGCUUGCUAUGGAUGCUGUGUGUACCUUGCUUGGCCACAAAAUCAAUGACUGGAAGGCUGUGCAAGGUAUUGUUCGAAAGGAUGAUUUCAUUGCUAGCAUUCUCAUGUUUGACAACGCUAGGCAGAUGAACAAGUCGUUGAGGAACAGGAUGCGCAGCGAUUUCUUGUCCAACCCUGAAUUCACAUUUGAGAAGGUCAACCGUGCCUCCAAGGCGUGCGGACCCCUUGUCCAGUGGGUUACCGCUCAGGUCAACUACUUUGACAUUCUCGAUCGUGUUGGUCCUCUCAAGCACGAGGUCGAGCAGCUGGAGGAGCAAGCACUCCAAACAAAGGCAGAAGCUCAGGCCACUCAGGACGAGAUCGUUGGGUUGGAGUCAAGCAUCAACCAAUACAAGACUGAAUAUGCUGCACUCAUCAGCGAGACGCAAUCCAUCAAGGCAGAGAUGUCAAAGGUCCAGUUCAAGGUCGAUCGCAGUGUUCGACUUCUCGACAGUUUGUCCUCAGAACGAGUUCGUUGGGAAGAGGGCAGCAAGUCUUUCGAGAUCCAGAUCAGCACUCUUGUAGGAGACGUUCUUGUCGCUGCUGCUUUCUUGGCCUACAGUGGUCUCUAUGACCAGACGUUCCGAAAGUCGAUGAUGGAUGACUGGUUCCACCAGCUUCACCUUUCCGGUAUACAUUACAAGUCAACAAAUCCCGUGACCGAAUAUCUGUCAACUGCAGAUGAGCGUCUCAGCUGGCAGGAGAACACUCUUCCCGUCGAUGACCUUUGCACAGAGAACGCCAUCAUCCUCAAGCGUUUCAAUCGCUACCCUCUCAUCAUCGAUCCCUCCGGACGAGUUACAGAAUUCUUGCAGAGAGAAUGCAAAGACCGCCGCCUGACGGUGACAAGCUUCUUGGACGAUACCUUUACCAAGCAGCUUGAGAGUUCUCUCCGUUUCGGUAACCCUAUUCUUAUCCAGGAUGCUGAACACUUGGAUCCUAUCCUUAACCAUGUCCUCAACAAGGAAUACCAGAAGACUGGUGGUCGUGUCCUUAUUCAACUUGGCAAGCAGGAGAUUGAUUUCUCGCCGGCCUUCAAGAUUUAUCUGUCAACUCGUGACCCUUCCGCCACUUUCGCCCCCGAUAUUUGCAGUCGAACCACAUUCGUCAACUUCACUGUCACUCAGAGCAGUCUCCAAACACAAUCUCUCAACGACGUCCUCAAGUCUGAGCGUCCUGACGUUGAUGAACGACGCUCAAACCUCAUCAAACUGCAGGGAGAGUUCAAGGUCCAUCUGCGACAACUGGAGAAACGAUUACUCCAGGCUCUGAACGAGUCUCGUGGUAACAUUCUUGAUGAUGACAACGUUAUCGAGACACUCGAAACUCUCAAGACAGAGGCUGCUGAGAUCUCUGGUAAGAUGAGCAACACCGAAGGCGUCAUGGCUGAGGUUGAGGAGAUUACGCAACAGUAUAGUAUUAUCGCCAGAUCUUGCAGUGCUGUCUUCGCCGUCUUGGAGCAAUUGCACUACCUCAACCACUUCUACCAGUUUUCACUCCAGUACUUCCUUGAUAUCUUCCAUUCAGUCCUACAUGGCAACAAGAACCUGGCUGGUCAAACUGACCACAACAUCCGACGUGACGUAAUCGUCAAAGAUCUCUUUGUCAACACAUUCAAGCGGACAGCUCUCGGUUUGCUCCAAAGAGACCGAGUUACUCUCGGAAUGUUACUCGCGCAGGCUUCACCAUACAAGAUGGACAAGUCUUUGAUCGACGUUAUCCUUGACAACCGCAUUGAAGGCAAGGAUCUUUCUUCUAAUCCUGAUGAAAGAGACGAUGCUUUUGCUCAAGCCAAGAAGAUCGCUGUUAUCAAGGAAAAGAUUGAUUCUAUCUCUACUGAGGACUGGGAUAAGUUCUUUACGGAAGAACUUGCCGAGAACUUCGUACCCCUGGUUUGGGACGACAACACCGAUGCUAAUGAUCAAGCCCUAUUGUCUCUCCUGCUCGUCAAACUUUUCAGGAUGGACCGGUUUGUUCCUGUCGCAGAGCGUUUCGUCAACCAAGUCUUUGGUUCAGGCAUCUUCGACAUUGUUGAGGACCUGAAGGAGACAGUUACUCAGGUGUCUGCCACCCUGCCGAUCUCCUUGGUAUCAAGCCCUGGCUUCGAUGCCAGUUACAAGGUCGACAAUUUGGUUGAGAGAAUGCGCGUAAAGUGUACCAACAUUGCCAUGGGUUCCAACGAAGGUCUUGCAAGUGCCGACAAGGCAAUCAGCCACGCCGCGCAAACAGGCUCAUGGGUUUUGGUCAAGAACGUUCACCUGGCUCCCACUUGGUUGCAGAGCUUGGAGAAGCGUAUGGAAUCACUCAAUCCUCACUCAGACUUCCGACUUUUCUUGUCUAUGGAGUCGAGUCUGAAGAUUCCAGUCAAUUUACUCCGAGCAUCUCGUGUACUGAUGUACGAGCAACCUGCCGGUGUCAAGGCUAACAUGAAGGAUUCCAUGUCUUCGUUGUCUACACGGGCGACCAAGAGUCCUGUGGAAAGGGCACGACUGUACUUACUCUUAUCCUUCUUGCACGCUGUCGUACAGGAGAGAUUGCGAUAUGCGCCUAACCUGGGCUGGAAGGGAUUUUGGGAGUUCAACGACAGUGACUACGAAUGCUCUGCCUUUAUUGUCGAUACUUGGGUUGAUAGCGCGGCUGGCAACAGAACCAACAUUGCCCCUCAAAAUAUUCCUUGGGAGAUGUUGCGCUACAUGGUGACCGAAACGUACGGUGGUAAGAUUGACAACGAAGGAGAUUUCAAACUUCUCUCUCAGCUCGUCACGUCUUUCUUGACUCCUUCUGCCUACGAAGUUGACCACAAGCUCGUUGACGGACCUGACGGUGGCCUUUCUGUCCCGUCUGGCACCAGCUUCCAGGAUUUCAACGCCUGGAUUCACCGCUUGCCCGAGCGUGAGCCACCCACGUAUCUCGGCCUCCCUGCGAAUGCCGAGAAACUCCUCCUCAGUGGUCUUGGAAGAAGCCUUAUUGGCAACCUCCGUAAGGUCACGGAGUUGCUUGACGAAGGCGAGCAGUUGGUAACGGAAGUGUAA